AUGGAGUUUGUUCCGUUUUUGCAAGCCUCCAAUGUCUUGGCUACGAGAAAUCUUCCCACGCCCACCAACGUCCAAGAAGUGCCGGAGGUGGAGAAGCCGAAAGCUAAGUCCACCCGCGCUCAAUACUCUAGCGAAGAGACCGAGCUCAUGGCAAUUUUGUGGACGGAAGCUACCCGCAAUCCUAUUUUGAGAACCUCCCAAAAGUUGCUCCAAUAUUGGGGAGCAAUCGCGGAUAAGUUCAAUGCGCUCAAACCGUCGGGAACGCCAACGCGUAAGCUGGGUCAUCUCAAAUCCCACUUCGCACGUGUCCAAAAGGACACGAAAUAUUUCGAGGGCUUCUACAACACUUGCAAGGACAAUUGGGGCAGCGGUAUGAGCGACGACCAAAUCACCCAACAAUCCCAGUUAAUAUUCGAGGCGAAUUUCAAGAAGCAAUUCUCCUACAUCAAAGCUUGGAAAGUCCUGCGCGAGUGUGAAAGAUUCAUGUUGCAAGCUGGGGAUGUCCACUCCGCGAAGAAGUCGAAGGGCUCCGAUGGCCAAGCAACCACCACUUCUUCAGAGCCGAGUAUCACGACGAGGCCCCUAGGCCAAAAAGCGGCAAAGCGAGACAAGGGCAAGGGGAAGAAGAGAGAAGAGUCUUCGGGAGGUUCCUCGUACUCCGACGCCCUUGAGAAGGUCGCCGAAAGCAUGAAGGAGCAUGCUCACCAAACGAGGCAAAUCGCCGAAGCCAAAAAAAUGCAAGCCGAGAUUAAAUGGGUUGAGAUGGAUAUGAAGCUCUUGAACAUGAACACAACGAAUAUGUCGGAGGCACAAUUGGCCUUGCACAACCACCUAGUCCAAAAUCCCCAAGGGGACUCCAAGCGGUGCGACCUCCUGGUUGUGAACUGUGAGGUCUCGGGUUCAAAUCUCAUUGCUCUCCCUCUCCAACUCCCCUAA